AUGAGUUCAAGAAAUGGAGCCUUUAUGCUCCUGAUCUUGCUAGGCUUCCAAUUUUUUUCUGUUUCUGCUCUCACAAAUGGUUUUGACGCUUCUGCUUUACAAGCUCUGAAGGCUGAAUGGACAAAGUAUCCUGAAAGUUGGAAAGGUGCUGAUCCUUGUGGAACCAAUUGGGUUGGAAUUACAUGUUCCAAUGACCGCGUUGUUUCAAUAUCGCUAGGUAACCUUGACGUGGAAGGAAAGCUUUCAAGUGAUAUUGCAACCUUGUCUGAAUUGCAGAUCUUGGAUUUGUCGUACAACAUUGGAUUGACUGGACCACUUCCAUCAAAUAUCGGUGAACUUAAGAAGUUGAAAAACUUGAUCCUUGUGGCGUGUAGUUUCACUGGUCAAAUCCCUGAGUCCAUUGGAAAUCUUGAACAACUUAUAUAUCUCUCCCUGAAUAUAAAUCAAUUUAGUGGAACAAUUCCAGCUUCCAUUGGACGGUUAUCGAACCUAUAUUGGUUUGAUAUAGCUGACAAUCAGAUUGAAGGAACACUUCCAGUUUCUAAUGGGACUUCUUCCCCUGGACUUGAUAUGCUUCUUGAAACUAAGCAUUUUCAUUUUGGAAAAAACAAGCUUUCGGGUGUUAUCCCAAAAACACUUUUCAGCUCGAAAAUGACUUUGAUACAUGUACUAUUCGAUGGGAACAACUUCACGGGGGAAAUCCCAGACACCCUUAGCCUCGUUAAAACGUUGACGGUGUUACGUCUUGAUAGGAAUAAACUUACUGGCAAUAUUCCUACAAGUCUUAAUAAUCUCACAAAUCUUCAAGAACUGUACUUGGCCAACAACGAAUUUACAGGUAGUCUUCCAAAUUUAAGCAGUUUGACCAGUCUCUACACAUUAGAUGUAAGCAAUAACACUUUGGAAGCCUCACCUAUACCAUCAUGGAUCUCUUCAUUACGCUCCUUGGCAACAUUAAGGAUGGAAGGGAUCCAACUUAAUGGUUCAAUACCAAACUCAUUUUUCAGCCCUCCUCAGUUGCAGACAAUUAUCCUAAAGAGGAAUCGGAUAGAUUCAACGUUAGACUUUGGUACCAGCUAUAGCAACCAGUUGGAGUUUGUUGAUUUACAAUACAAUAACAUAGAUGUUUAUAGACAACCAUCUUCUAACACACGCAUCCAAGUAAUAUUGGCAGAUAAUCCAGUGUGCCAGGAGCUGGGUAACAGUCCAAGUUACUGCUCAGCAAUCCCACACAAUACUUCUUAUUCUACCAUUCCAACAACCUGUUCUCCGUGUGAUCAGGGCAGGGAAGCGAGUCCUUCGUGUCGCUGUGCGCAUCCAUUCACAGGAACAUUCUAUUUCAGGGCUCCUUCCUUCUCAGGGUUAUUCAACUCGACCAACUUUGAAAUUCUUCAGAAGCAUAUAGCUGGUUUCUUCAACAAGUUCAGCUAUCCAGUGGACUCCGUAGCUGUCAGAAACAUUAGAGAGAACGCAACAGAUCAUCAGCUUCUAAUAGAUCUUUUAGUCUUUCCAUUGGGCAGAGAGAGUUUUAAUGAGACGGGAAUGCUACUUGUUAAUUUUGCCUUUAGCAACCAGACUUAUAAGCCUCCUCCUAUAUUUGGCCCUUACAUUUUCAUAGCCGAUCCCUACACUCAGUUCUCUAGUAUGCUCAAUACAAACAGUCAAACCCCAAUGUAUAUUGGUUCAAUACGACUCAUUUGCUCUGUCGUUUUCUUUUCCACAGAUGGAGAAGGUUCUAAGUCAUCAAACAUGAGCAUUAUAAUCGGAGCAGCAGUUGGUGGGGUGGUUCUUCUGUUGUUGUUAACUCUAGCUGGGGUUUAUGCUCUCCGGCAGAGGAAGAGAGCAGACAGAGCAACUGAUCAAAAUAAUCCUUUCGCCAAGUGGAGUACGAGCAAGAGCAGUAUUGAUGCUCCGCAGCUAAUGGGAGCAAAAGCUUUUACUUUUGAAGAGUUGAAGAAAUGUACAGACAACUUUUCAGAGGCAAAUGAUGUUGGGGGUGGAGGUUAUGGCAAGGUGUACAGAGGGAUUCUUCCCUCGGGUCAACUCAUUGCAAUCAAAAGAGCUCAACAAGGAUCUUUGCAAGGAGGGCUGGAAUUCAAAACUGAGAUCGAACUACUUUCAAGGGUCCAUCAUAAAAAUGUUGUCAGACUCAUAGGUUUUUGCUUUGAUCGAGGUGAACAAAUGCUUGUAUACGAGUACAUUCCAAAUGGCUCUCUUAGAGACAGUCUCUCAGGGAAGACUGGGAUAAGACUUGAUUGGAUAAGAAGGCUCAGAAUAGCACUUGGUUCAGGGAAGGGCCUGGCUUAUCUUCAUGAGCUUGCUGAUCCUCCAAUUAUACACAGAGAUAUCAAAUCAAAUAAUAUAUUACUUGAUGAAAAUCUAACUGCAAAGGUUGCCGACUUCGGCCUCUCCAAACUUGUGGGGGACCCUGAGAAAACUCAUGUGACAACACAAGUGAAAGGAACGAUGGGCUACUUGGAUCCUGAGUACUACAUGACAAAUCAGUUGACCGAGAAGAGUGAUGUGUAUGGGUUUGGUGUGGUGAUGCUUGAGCUAUUAACCGGUAAAAGUCCAAUAGAAAAAGGUAAAUAUGUAGUGAGAGAGGUGAAGAUGAAGAUGAAUAAAUCGAGGAGUUUGUAUGACCUGCAAGAACUAUUGGACACAACGAUCAUUGCAAGCAGCAGCAACCUUAAAGGGUUUGAGAAGUACGUAGAUUUGGCUCUGAGAUGCGUGGAGGAAGAAGGAGUGAACAGACCAUCCAUGGGUGAGGUUGUCAAAGAGAUUGAGAACAUAAUGCAGCUUGCGGGGUUAAACCCGAACGUGGAUUCAGCAUCGACCUCGGCAACGUACGAGGAAGCAAUCAAAGGAUCUGGUGAUCCUUAUGGCAAGGACUCGUUCCAGUACAGUGGGAAUUUCCCAGCUUCAAAGCUCGAACCCCAAUGAUUCGAUUGUUUUAUAUAUAUAUAUAUAUACAUAUAUAUAUUGCAAUUGACUUCAUACUUGAAAUGCCUUGUGAAUGUUGUGGGCAUGCAU